AUACGGAAACUAGUUUUGAUGUAUAUUCACAGGCUUCUAACUAUUUGUUCAGCUCUUACAGGCUGUACAAGUAGGCUUGGUUAAUGUCAAGUUUUGGGCUAUCAGGAGCUGUGUUCGGAGUAUGAUGUACCUUACAUUACUCUACUCAGACAUAAUUAGCAUUUAUCAGUGGUAACAGUGCAACUGAUAAUUCGAGUACAGUGUUCUUUGGUGACAAUAAUAUUAUAUUUCAGAAACUGCUACAGGAGUUGAAGACCUAUCUCAUUGGUUUUGAUUUGUGAUGGAUAUGAUUGAUAUGCCCGUAACUUUAAUUGUGAAAGCGCCUAAUCAGCAAGUAGAAGAUCAAAAAAUUCAUUGUGAAUUGAACUGGACUAUAAGAAAGCUCAAAGGCUAUCUAUCAGAAGUUUAUCCCAGUAAACCACGUACAGAAGAUCAGAAGUUGAUAUACUCUGGGCAGCUGUUGCAUGAUAGUGUAACACUGAAAGAUAUUUUACGUCGGUAUGAAGGCCAAGAAGCACACACUGUUCAUCUAGUUUGCACCCCCUCACGAGACUUGGUACAACAUGUAAGCACAGUUGUAACAAGAGCACCAUCAAGAAUGCAUGAAAAUGGACAGCUUUCUACAAAUUCUUCAAGAGAUAAUAUACAAAGCCAAGAAACAGAAGUUUCGUCUGAUGGACUCAGGGAACGCAUAAAUACAUCACAGUCUUCAGAAGGUCUCUAUUCAUCACCACUGCCCCAGAGUGGUACAACAAAUGGUCAGUUUCCUUCACCAGAUCCCAGAGCAUUCUGGGCUGGAGCUGUGGCCAACCCAUAUGCUUCUACUCCAGGAUAUGAUCCAAACAGUAUGUCACAGCAAAUGUUAUGGAUGCAGCAGGCAUAUGCUCAUUACGUUACACAGUAUAUGCAAAUGAUGGCAUCUGCUGGAGUUCCUCAGAGUUGGUAUCCCUCUAGUCAUACUGCAGUUCAAGUUUCUAUACCCCAGCAUGGUCCUGAACAUGUGCAGGCCCCUCCAGUUAAUCUCCAGGAACAGCCACCUGUUCAACCAAAUAACAUUAAUGUUGCAGAUGGUGCUGAAGAAGAGGAGGAGGGACGGGGAAACAGAGACUGGCUGGAUUGGUUCUAUACCAUGAGCAGAGUUAUGGUUCUCUUCAGUAUAGUGUAUUUCUACUCAUCACCAACUCGAUUUGUGAUAGUUUCAGCCCUUGGACUCGUGUUAUACCUCUAUCAUUUGGGCUUUUUCCGAGCCCAACAACUAGUUGUGGAGAAUAACAACCUGCAGAAUCAGAAUGAUGGAAUGGGAGCAGUAGCAGGGGCUGAAAUUCAAGGCCAGCAGAGACUCCGGAGAGAAGAUAGUGGAGCAGAGGAGCCAGAUCCAGAACCAGACAGGCCAUCUCUUUUUGCCCUCACCUGGACAUUUUUUACGAGCUUCUUUGCAUCUCUGAUCCCUGAGCAGCCUGGAGCUCUUUAA